AUGUGGAACAAUGAUUGUCAAGAGACAUUUGAGAAGAUAAAACAAUACUUGCAAGAACCACCGAUCUUGAAACCACUUGUUCCUGGUUGGCCACUAACCAUGUAUCUUACCAUGUUAGCUGAAUCAAUGGGCUAUGUAUUGGGUCAACAUAAUGAAACGGGCCGACAAGAUCAUGCAAUAUAUUACUUAAGCAAGAAGUUCACCGAAUAUGGGACCAGAUACUCACUAUUGGAGAUGACUUAUUGUGCUUUAGUUUGGGCAGCUCGAUGCCUAAGACGAUAUAUAAUUUGCCACACAACUUUGUUAAUAUCCAAAAUGGAUCCAAUAAAGUACAUUUUUAAGAAGCCCGAUGUCGGUGGAAGAAUUGCUCGGUGGCAAAUGUUGCUAACCGAGUACGAUAUCCAAUAUGUAAAACAGAAAGUUAUUAAGAGGGGCGUCUUGGCUGACUACCUUGCCCAUCAAUAUGUGGAGGGUUAUCAAUCGAUGAAGUUUGAAUUUCCUGAUAAGGACAUCAUCUUCAUUCGAGAUUGCAAUAUCCCAUGCCCUGACGAAGGACCUGAACCAAGAGUGCGAUGGACGCUCGUGUUCGAAGGUGCCUCUAAUGCAAAAGGUCAUGAGAUAUGGGCAAUUAUUACAUCUCCGAAUGGUUUUCACAUUCUAUUCACCGUUAGAUUAUGCUUUGACUGCACCAACAACAUGGCAAAAUAUGAAGCAUGCAUCUACGGUAUUGAAACAACUAUUAACUUAAGAAUCAAGAUUCUUGAAGUGUAUGGAGACUCUACUUUGGUGAUCAUUCAAGUUCGAGGAGACUGGGAAACUCAGGAUAAGAAGUUGAUUUCGCACAGAGAACAUGUGGUGAAGUUGAUUUCCUAUUUUGAUGAAAUCACUUUUCAUUAUAUUCUAAGGGAAGAAAAUCAGUUAGCGGAUGCUCUAGCUACUCUGGCAUCCAUGUUUAAAGUCAAGUGGAAGAAUAAAACACCUGCCAUCCAUAUUGAUCACUUGGGUGAACCAGCGUACUGUCUAGCAAUGGAGGCCGAAUCUGAUGAUAAGCCUUGGUUUUAUGUCAUUAAGAGAUAUUUGGAAAGAUAA